AUUGCGAAAUUGCUUAUUGAGAACGGAGCCGACGUUUUAGCCUCAUGCGUAGCGGGCGAAAGUCCUCUUGACAGAGCAGCACGGGGAGGUCACGACAAGAUUGUUACUGUGAAGCUCUUGGUUGAACGUGGCGCAAACAUCGAAUAUCGGGACGUCAAUGAACGGACGCCACUCAUCUCCGGGUCGAUUCAUGGCAGCAAAUCCAUUGAAAAUCUCCUUGAUGCAGGGGUAGAUAUUAAUGCAUUUGAUAAGGACGGUGGCACUGCAUUGCAUUGGGCCGGUCAUAAUGGGCAUGAAACAGUUGUUAAACAACUUUUGGCCUCAGGGGCA